AUGGCAAACUCUGGAAAAGGCACUUUUCAACCGGACUCAGAUGUUCACAUUUCGUUUGAAGAUCAGCAGAAAAUAAAUAAAUUCGCACGUUUAAAUGCCAAAGUAGAUGACUUUAAAGAUGAAUUGAAAGUUAAACAGAACGAUAUGAAAAAUUUAGAAGAAGCUGUGGAAGAACUCAGUCUUGCAGAUGAUACUGAUAAAAUACCUUACCUCAUUGGCGAAGUAUUCAUUUGUCAAGGACUCGAAGACACUUUGAAAUCAUUAGAAGAUGCCAAAACCCGUAAAGUAAAUGAAAUAAGUGAGCUUGAGGCCAAAUGCGAUGAGUUGAAAUCUCAAAUGGCUGAAUUAAAAGCCCACUUGUAUGGAAAAUUUGGCAGUCACAUCAAUUUGGAGAAUGAGGAAGAUUAA